AUGCAAUGGUUGGCCAAAGUGUUGGGACAGACAUCCGAUAUAAUGAACAAUAACUGCGAAAAUAAUGACACAAAUACUAAGGAUUUAACCAAAACUAUCAAACUAUUGUCUACUAUCAAAGGAACUACACAUAUAAUACCGAUCCCAUUAGCACCUGGAUCUCACCCAUCAAUGCCUAUAAACUAUCUAAACAUUGAGUUAAAUCCGGAUUUCGAGACAAACCCCAGUUCCCCUUAUUUGGCAUAUAUUUCAUAUACCGGACGUGUAGGUUGUGUUUGGGUGACAGCCAUAAGAUACUUGUGCGAUGAGCACCGGGCGGUCGAGCUUUUUGUGACUAAACUAAUAGCAAUUGGCAGUCAAUAUGGGACUUUGGCUAACUGUCCAAACCUGGAGGUCGCGGCUAUGCACUUUAUGUAUUACAGUUCACCUAUACUACCAGUCCCUAUCACUAAUCUGCUGACAUCAGCACCGAGUGUUUCCGAGCACAACCCGAUUGACUAUUUAGGACUACCAGUGAAUGACAACUUUAAGGCAAACACCAGUUCCCGGUAUUUGCCGUAUAAGUCAUAUACUGUCAAAUGGGGACCGUCAUUGAAUACCUGUCCCGACAUCGAGAGCGCCGGUAUUGUGAACCCCAUGUUCUAUACGUUACACACAUUUGAUGUUCAGUUUAUACUACCCGUCCAUGAAGUCAAUGAAAUCAAUGGAUUGCGACAAAUGUUUGUACAGAAGGGUCCGACUGGUCAUCCCUGUCCUUCAAUUAUCAAUGAACAACCGGUGCCUACAGUCAAGUCAAUAGUGACUAUUCAUAAACCUGUGCCGACAAUUACUGAGGGAAAGGCAGCUAAUGUUAAGUCUAUUAAAACUACUAAAAGUGCUAAACCCGUUGUACUACCUGUCCAUCAGUCGGUAUCAACUAAGGCUAACCCUAAGCCUAAACACCCGGGUAUUAAACAAGACGCGUUGAAAUAUUUGCCUAAUUAUGAGGAGGCCGUCAAAGUUUACCCAAUUUUCUAA